AUGUGGCGUCACACUUUUGGUGUUUGGUGCAACAAAACUUGGCUGGAUGAUGAAUCCAUCAUGAUCGGCGGAGGGAACCAGCAGUUAGUUCCCCGUGACCAAGCCAAGAAAAACAAAGUGCGUCUCACCGUCGUGGCGUGUCCGCAGCUGGCAGCAGCUGCAGCCGCAGUUCGCCCAGCUGCAGACGAAAAGCCUCGCUCGCACGCCCUCGCUAGCCCUCGCUUUCAAAACAUCACCAGGUCAAAUUUGUUCCAGUCCAGCUGGUUCCUUCAAGCCCGUGGGGCAGCGUUCCGGAACCGAGAAAACGCGCGACUCUUUUUCCAUGACUAA